AUGGAGAUUCCUACCCAGACGCAGGGCUGCUUCUCAAAGGGUCUCCUGUUCUCAGCCUUGAUCCUGGCUCUCUGGCUGCCCCAAGGUUCCCAGGCAGCCCUCCACAUCCAGAAGAUCCCAGAGCAGCCUCAAAAGAGCCAGGACCUUCUCCUGUCCCUUCAUGGUGUUCCCAGCACCGUCCAGGACUUCAUCUGGUACCUGGGGGAGGAGACUAAUGGAGGGACAAGGCUGUUCUCCUACAUCCCUGGGCUACCUCGGCCCCAGAGGGAUGGCAGUGCCAUGGGACAUCGAGACAUCGUUGGCUUCCCCAAUGGUUCCAUGCUGCUCCGAGGUGCCCAACCUUCAGACAGCGGCACCUACCAAGUGGCCGUCACCAUCAACCCUGCCUGGACAAUGAAGGCCAAGACUGAGGUCCAGGUGGCUGGCAUGCGCGAAUACUCAGUCGGGGCACCUCUGCCUGUCAAUGCUGGGAUCAUGGCUGCUGUCAUCACUGGGAGUCUUGCUGUGGGGUCACUGCUUGUAGGUGGCAUUGCCUACCUCCUGGUCACUCGGAGGCGGAAGGGCCGGAGCCCCAGGGUCCCUGCUCCUAACAGGUUGGGCUCUCUUUCCAGGCUCCUGCAAGCAUCCCUCCGGCCUCUGUGCAGCAGAACGGGCCGACAGGAGCCUUCUGUCACUGAGGUCCCUACCUCCUCUCCUUCAGGUGACAGCAACAUCUACGAAGUGAUGCCAUCUCCAGUCUUCCUGGUGUCCCCCAUCAGUGACACAGAGCCAGUGACCACAGCCACGAGCCGGCCUCCACUCCCAUCCCAGCAAGCACAGCCCGAGAACCAGCACUACCAGGACCUACUAAACCCCGACCCGGCCCCGUACUGCCAGCUGGUGCCAACAUCCUGA